CCAUCAUCUCCUCUUCUCACAAGUCUCAAACCAAGAGACAACAAGUCACAAUUUCUCAUAGACAAGUAGCUAUCUAUCUCUAUCUAGCAAGCUAGCUAGGUUGCUUGCAUUCUCUCCUCUCUCUCUUCCUGUGUCACCAAUGGCGCCGGCGGCGUCCUCCAAGUCCAACCCAAGGGUGUUCCUUGACAUCGCCAUCGGCGGCGAGUGGGUUGGCCGCGUGGUGAUCGAGCUGCUCGCCGACAAGGUGCCCGACACGGCGGAGAACUUCCGGCGGCUGUGCACCGGCGAGCGCGCCGGGCGCUCCGGCAAGAGCAGGCUCCACUACAAGGGGUCGGCGUUCCACCGCGUGGUGCCCGGGUUCAUGUGCCAGGGCGGCGACAUCACGGCCGGGAACGGCACCGGCGGCGAGUCGGCGCUGGACGGCGCCGCGAGGCACUUCCCCGACGAGGGGUUCGCGGUGAAGCACGACGGGCCCGGGGUGGUGUCCAUGGCGAACGCCGGGCCCAACACCAACGGCUCCCAGUUCUUCAUCACCGUCGACAAGGCGCCGUGGCUGGACGGCCGCCACGUCGCGUUCGGCCGCGUCGUCGCCGGGAUGGGCGCCGUCCGCGCCAUCGACAGGACGGGAACCUGGAGCGGCAAGACGGUGAAGCCCGUCGUCAUCACCGACUGCGGCGUGCUCUAGAAAUACAUAUACAUACGUAUAUAUGCCAGUGUAUACCGUAUACGUACGUGUACCGGUGUACGUACGUAUGCUGUACGGUUCGGUAUACAUUAAAAUUGUGUCUACUCUAGCUACUGUGUGAUGAGCGUAUGAGAGUGUUAGCUGAUGUAAUUUUUUGAGGUUGCGACAUGGUGGUUACAAACUAUCGAGGACGUUAGCUGCCUCACUGAUGGUGACUUAAUCUAGCUACCAGAUAAUAAAAUUGAGUGAUUGAGCACAUAAAA